AUGGUGGCAUAUUUUCCCUCGAAACUUAGAAUCGCAGUCCUACCCGUGACCAAAUCCAUAGAAGUUAAAAGAAUCAACAAUGUUACCAUUACUUCCGGAAUUGAAGCAGAAUUUAUAAAACUAUUGGCACGGUCAUUAAAUUUCGAAUAUGAGAUUCUUGUUCCCUCAGACUUAUCAUACGGUUCAAGGGAUGCAUCAGGAAAUUGGACUGGAAUGCUUGGAAUGCUGCAAAGGAAUGAAGCUGACAUGGGAUUCAGCUAUCUAGGUAUUACCGAAGAGCAUUCAAAAGUUGUAGACUUCAGCGCACCUUACUUCAAUCUUGAAAAAACGUUUCUGGUGAAUCAUGCUCCGUUCUUAUCAAAUACAUCAGCAAUCGCGUAUCCUUUCAGCGCACUCACGUGGAUUUCAUUCUUUAUUGUACUGCUUUUCGUGUCAGUGCUAUUUCGAAAUUUUAUUUCACCGAAAGAUUCCAUCAUUUCCGUUUUCCUCAAUUUGUGGGGAUCUUCCUUCGGACAAGGAGUAAACUACAACCCUCGUUCAAUGUCCAGGCGGAUACCACUUGGAAUUUGGCUCCUUUAUUCAUACGUGCUAAUUUUAUGUUACAGCUCGGUCCUGUUAUCUUUUCUGACAUCUCCGAUCAGAAUGAAACAAAUAAAAGACUUCAAGGAUCUCUAUCUCGCUGUCAGGGAGGGGAAAAUGGAGUGUCUAUCAGCGGGGAUAACUGGGGAUGUAGAUAUUUUGAUGAAAAGCAAUGUACCGCAUUUAAAAGGAUUAGGAGAAUACAUUAAAAAGAAUAAAUGGUAUUACUAUACUCUUAACAACGAAAAAGUUUCGGAACAUGUAGCAAUACUUGGUUCACCUGAUCUAUUUCGCGUGUCUAUUGGACCACCGGAAAAAUACUUUUAUUCGAAGGACACUUUUGGAAGUUUUCAUUACGGGAUUGCAAUCAGGAAAGCAUUUUGCUGCAAAGAACGCUUCAAUACAAUCUUACUUCGAAUUUUGAGUGGUGGCUUAUAUAAUAAAUUCGUAGACGAUUUCCGCUUUAAAUUGGAAUUAAGAAGAAAUUUAAACAUCGAUCAUUCUCAGAGUACAUUAACACUACCAUUAGGAUUAUCAAAUUUAAAUGGAGUGUUUAUUAUAAUUGGUAUUGGCUGGACGGCAGGUAUUAUUGCUUUAAUAAUGGAAAUCACCUACAGUCGAUGGUUGCGUUCAAAACAUCGCUAA